AUGGCCUCCCCUGCCUGGUUUUCCGCGGUUCAUCACGGCCCUGGUCUGCGUCACCACCUGAACACGGAGACGAGCCGAAUCUCCACCAGGAUCCCUCAAGCCUCAGGAGUCAGUCCGCUGCUCUUCCCCUUUAUUCAUGAUCAGCUGUCAGCUCUGCUCAAAGACUCUCGAACAGCACCGAGCCGUGUGUGUUCUCGCACAAAGACAGGAAACAAUGCACCUUAUUUCAGAGACAGAGUCAUUCAGUCGAUGUCAAAAAGAACCGCUACACGCGUCCCAUCGAGGGCGAGAAUGACACGGGCAGGUGACAGUGACACUUCUUCGCCCGUGUCAGAGGAACUUUACCCUGAGCGUGAUCUGAUGUGUGACGGUGGAGAUGGUCGUCAACAUGUGAAGUGCGGCGGCUCGUCAGCAGCCUCGUCCCGCCGGUUUACAGUCGCAGGUACACACGAGGACGAGGAAAGAAAGAAGCCGCGGAGUGACGGAGCUUACACUACACUACUGGGCCCGCCCAUAACCAGUCCAGAACCGCCCAUAACCAGUCCAGAACCGCCCAUAACCAGUCCAGACCCGCCCAUAACCAGUUCAGAACCGCCCAUAACCAGUCCAGAACUGCCCAUAACCAGUCCAGGGCCACCCAUAACCAGUCCAUCACCGCCCAUAACCAGUCCAGAACCGCCCAUAACCAGUGCAGAACCGCCCAUAACCAGUGCAGAACCGCCCAUAACCAGUGCAGAACCGCCCAUAACCAGUCCAUCGCCGCCCAUAACCAGUGCAGAACCGCCCAUAAUCAGUGCAGAACCGCCCAUAAUCAGUGCAGAACCACCCAUAACCAGUGCAGGAUUGUCCACAGUAAAUCUGGGAAUCAGUAUUCCACCCUGGAUGUAA